AUGUCGGAGAGUAGCUCGACGGCGUCAAGUUCGUCCACCUCGUCGAUCAACGCCAAUGUAACCGACUCAGACAAUACCUCUGCCACCUCGGCCGACGUCCCGUCCUCAUCUUCCAAUCAAGACUUGCAGCUUGCUGCUCAACAGGUUCCUGAAGAGGUCGAUCAAGAGAAAAAAGCCCAGGCACAGGAACAUAAACUUAAGGGCAACGAGCAUUUUUCGGCUCAACGUUUUGAUGCUGCCAAACACGAAUACACUCUUGCAAUCGAUCUCGACCCUACCAUCGCGGCCUUCUACACCAACCGCGCAGCAAGCGAAAACAUGCUUGAGCAGUAUAAUCUGGCCAUUGAAGAUGCCAACCAGGCGAUCAAGCUCGACCCGUCCUAUGUCAAGGCCUACUUUCGCAGAGCCACCGCGUAUUUCAAGAGUAAUAACCUUGAGGCAGCAUUGCAAGACUUUGAACACGUGCUUGUUCACGAACCUAGCAAUGCUUUUGUCCAGAAGCAGAUCGAGCAAGUCUCAUCUCGAAUCCGGAAGGAGAGUUUCUUUUCGGCCAUUCAGGUACGAGAGCCCCACUAUGGCAGCCCCGAUUACGAGUCGUACUUCACAGACCCAGACAUGAGCUCGAGGUACACGUCUGUGAGCCAAGACUACAACGGUCCGCGCCUGGCGGAUGGCGACGAUCCCGAGACCGCACACCUCGGUAAGAUCGACCAAGCAUUCAUCGAUGGCAUGAUACAGUACUUUAAGGACGGCAAAAGGCUGCCCCGUCGAUACGCCUGGCAGAUCAUCCUCGGUGCUAUCCGUACCCUCAAGCAAGAGCCUACCGUGGUCGAUUACCACAUUGCCCAGGGCACCACCAUCGACGUCAUCGGCGACACACACGGCCAAUUUUUCGACUUUGUGCAUCUGCUCGGCCUAACCGGCCCACCCAGCGAUACACAUGCAGUGCUCUUCAACGGUGACUUUGUCGACCGAGGCUCUUGGUCAGUCGAGAUUGCGCUCACCGUGUUUGCAUACAAGUGGCUCUAUCCCAAGACAACGCUCAUCAAUCGUGGCAACCACGAGACCAAAGAGAUGAACCAUAUCUAUGGCUUCGAAGACGAGGUCGAGGCCAAGUUCGAUUCCACUACUUACCAGCUCUUUACAGACGCCUUUGUCGCGCUGCCACUUGCGACGCUCAUCACAGCCAGCCGACCUCCGCUAACAGGUGACCAGUUGCCUGCUUCUUUCUCUAUCGCACAGAGAGAACCUAUUGUUGAGCCAGAGACUGGUUUCAAGCGCUUCUUUGUGGUGCAUGGGGGUCUAUUCUCCAGAGAUGACGUGACGCUCGACAGAAUUCGUGCGCUGAACCGCUUUCAGCAGCGCCAGCCGGGUGAGGAUGGUCUCAUGAUGGAGUUGCUAUGGAGCGAUCCGCAGACUGAACCCGGUCGCGCUCCUUCGAAGCGCGGUGUGGCUACAGGAUUCGGGCCUGACGUCACCAAGGCAUGGUGCGAGCUGAACCACAUUACAGCGGUACUGCGAAGCCACGAAGUGCGCAUGGGAGGCUACGAAGAAGAACACGAUGGUCUCUGCUGCACCAUCUUUUCGGCACCCAACUACUGCGACUCGACGGGCAACUUGGGCGCCUUUGCACGCAUCGAUGACCAGGGUACCAUCCACUAUACCAAGUUUGAAGCGCAGCCACACCCCGACAUGAAACCCAUGGCCUAUGGCAGUAGGGUGAAUAGCAUAUACCGAAACUACGGGUUUUAA